AUGGGGAAAUUCAGAAGCAUCUUUCUUGUCUUCCUUGGCUAUCUUCUAGUCCAUGUAAGAGGUCAACGUGACUUCGAUUUAGCUGAUGCUCUCGAUCACCCAGAUGAUAUAAUUACCAGGAAGCCCACAGUGAUCAGAAGACCAACAAGACCUCUGAUGAACAAUGAUCUGCAUUUAGGAGACGCGCUUGGUGGGGGUGACAUCCCAAGACAACCAUUAUACCCACCUCUUCCACCACGACCAGGAAGCCACAGUAAUACUGGAGGAUUUAACGACUUUGAUCUCGUUGAUGGGAAGCCUUUACCACCACACAUUGCAGGAGAAGAAGGGCAUAAUUUCAAUCAUGGUGGAAGCACGGAUUCAGGAUUAAUAGCUGGAGUUACAUCUCCUAUAAUUUCUGCUUUUGUGAUAUUAGUUGUUGGAUCUAUUGCGGCCUACACAGCUUACAAGAACAACAAGCUUUGUUUCAAACCACGUGAAACCACUGAGAAGAGCCUGGCCUCUAGCUGUCCCCGGUCUCCCUUCAGCUUUCUGGCUCACGGCCAACCUGCUGUCCACUACGACAUCCACCGGCCCGGCCGAGGUGAGAGGAGGGCCAGGCUACGGACAACGACGAGAGAGCACCGCGUCACAUUGCAUCGCGCCGCGCCGUCAGGCGGCGCCAUAGCGCUACAGCCACGCGUGGGGGGCAGCGGGCGGCCCAGGUGGGCGGCAGGUGCGGGGCUCCGCGCUCCUCGGGGCCGAGAAGGGAGCGACUCCCCCGCGUGA